GAGAGACGCGCCUCAACCCGGAAGUGUGCGAGGCGAAAUCUGCCUAGCAACCGGGGAAGCCGGGCUGUGAAGCGGGCAAUUUCAGUGUGAGACUGAGCCGCGAGACAGAGCGGCGGCUCCGAGCGCUGCGCGGCGGCUCCUCCCGCCCAGGGUCAGCGCCCCGGCGCGCGCACGCGCACCCCCGCCGCCCGAGCGCGCCCCGCGCCGCCCGCGCAGUCGGUCGGUCGGUCAUCUGUCCUGUCGCCGCUGCCGCUGCCGCCGCCGCCAACGCGGCCGCCGCGGGCGCCACCUGAGGGAGUCGCCUCCGCGGGACGCCACAAGACCUGACCGGACUGCGCCGCCCGAGGCCGUCGGCCGCCGUCUGCGAGGGCGCCGAGCAACUUCGGUUGGUCAGCACAUUGUCUCAAGUAGCCUUUUGACGUCACUGUGGCCAUGGCCAACUGGUAGGACCAGCACCCCAUACCCCGAAGCCAGAUAUGUGUGUGCUGCAGGUACAGGGCGGUGGCACGUUGAUGGGCCAGGCCUCACUCUACUCAAAGUGUACCUCGCUGGCAACCAACGGGUUAAAUGUGAUCCCCAGUCCCCACUCCCCAGAGUUCAGAAUGACCGAAGAAGCAUGCCGAACACGGAGUCAGAAACGAGCGCUUGAACGGGACCCAACAGAGGACGAUGUGGAGAGCAAGAAAAUAAAAAUGGAGAGAGGAUUGUUGGCUUCAGAUUUAAACACUGACGGAGACAUGAGGGUGACACCUGAGCCGGGAGCAGGUCCAGCCCAAGGAUUGCUGAGGGCAACAGAGGCUACGGCCGUGGCCAUGGGCAGAGGCGAAGGGCUGGUGGGCGAUGGGCCCGUGGACAUGCGCACCUCACACAGUGACAUGAAGUCCGAGAGGAGACCCCCCUCACCUGACGUGAUUGUGCUCUCCGACAACGAGCAGCCCUCGAGCCCGAGAGUGAAUGGGCUGACCACGGUGGCCUUGAAGGAGACUAGCACCGAGGCCCUCAUGAAAAGCAGUCCUGAAGAACGAGAAAGGAUGAUCAAGCAGCUGAAGGAAGAAUUGAGGUUAGAAGAAGCAAAACUCGUUUUGUUGAAAAAGUUGCGGCAGAGUCAAAUACAAAAGGAAGCCACCGCCCAGAAGCCCACAGGUUCUGUUGGGAGCGCCGUGACCACCCCUCCCCCGCUUGUUCGGGGCACCCAGAACAUUCCUGCUGGCAAGCCAUCACUCCAGACCUCUUCAGCUCGGAUGCCCGGCAGUGUCAUACCCCCGCCCCUGGUCCGAGGUGGGCAGCAGGCGUCCUCGAAGCUGGGGCCACAGGCGAGCUCGCAGGUCGUCAUGCCCCCACUCGUCAGGGGGGCUCAGCAAAUCCACAGCAUUAGGCAACAUUCCAGCACAGGGCCACCGCCCCUCCUCCUGGCCCCCCGGGCGUCGGUGCCCAGUGUGCAGAUUCAGGGACAGAGGAUCAUCCAGCAGGGCCUCAUCCGCGUCGCCAAUGUUCCCAACACCAGCCUGCUCGUCAACAUCCCACAGCCCACCCCAGCAUCACUGAAGGGGACGACAGCCACCUCCGCUCAGGCCAACUCCACCCCCACUAGUGUGGCCUCUGUGGUCACCUCUGCCGAGUCUCCAGCAAGCCGACAGGCGGCCGCCAAGCUGGCGCUGCGCAAACAGCUGGAGAAGACGCUACUCGAGAUCCCCCCACCCAAGCCCCCAGCCCCAGAGAUGAACUUCCUGCCCAGCGCCGCCAACAACGAGUUCAUCUACCUGGUCGGCCUGGAGGAGGUGGUGCAGAACCUACUGGAGACACAAGCAGGCAGGAUGUCGGCCGCCACUGUGCUGUCCCGGGAGCCCUACAUGUGUGCACAGUGCAAGACGGACUUCACGUGCCGCUGGCGGGAGGAGAAGAGCGGCGCCAUCAUGUGUGAGAACUGCAUGACAACCAACCAGAAGAAGGCGCUCAAGGUGGAGCACACCAGCCGGCUGAAGGCCGCCUUUGUGAAGGCGCUGCAGCAGGAACAGGAGAUUGAGCAGCGGCUCCUGCAGCAGGGCGCGGCCCCUGCACAGGCCAAGGCCGAGCCCGCCGCCGCCCCACACCCUGCGCUGAAGCAGGUCAUAAAACCCCGGCGUAAGUUGGCGUUCCGCUCAGGAGAGGCCCGCGACUGGAGUAACGGGGCUGUGCUACAGGCCUCCAGCCAGCUGUCCCGGGGUUCGGCCACGACGCCCCGAGGUGUCCUGCACACGUUCAGUCCGUCACCCAAACUGCAGAACUCACCCUCGGCCACAGCCCUGGUCAGCAGGACUGGCAGACAUUCCGAGAGAACCGUGAGCGCUGGCAAGGGCAGCGCCACCUCCAACUGGAAGAAGACGCCCCUCAGCACAGGCGGGACCCUUGCGUUUGUCAGCCCAAGCCUGGCGGUGCACAAGAGCUCCUCGGCCGUGGACCGCCAGCGAGAGUACCUCCUGGACAUGAUCCCACCCCGCUCCAUCCCCCAGUCAGCCACGUGGAAAUAGUGCGAGCCAGGCCCCGUGGAAGACGGGCUCCCUCCUCCCCCACCUGGCCCCUGGUCUAGAAGGACCCACUGCACCACCCUCCGCUGGCUCGGGAAGACACCGUGCCUGCCCCAAGAGCAAGCACCGGCCAUGCUGCAGAGGCGAGACCUCAAUUCUUGGCUGCAAAGUUUCAUCAGGGCUGGGGGGCUGGUGCCGCCUCAUUGGCAGACGAGGAUCAUUGCUGGGGGACCUUUCCCAUGGGCUUUCUUCCUUUCUCUCUUUGCCUUUAGUUUGCCCGACACCAGCAGAAAAGUGGACCUUGGGGGCUGGUUCUGCUCCUGGCCCCCUUGUUCGGCCCCUGCCGGCACACGGGCGGCUCACCCUGGACACUGUGACGCGCAUGGGCAAGGCCAGCGCCCGGGGCUUCUGAACCGAGCGGGGUGUUUUGUUUUUUUGCUUUUCCCUGUCUUAGGCUCCCAAUCUUUGACUGCCUUCCCAUGGCGAUCUAUAAGUUGAAAGAUUUUUUUUUUUUUUAAUCACCUCAUGAUGAUGGAGUUAAAAGUAAACCGUGCAGACCCUGGGGUCCCUGUUGUGCACUGCAUUGUCCCGCUGGCCCUGUGCCCUGGAGGGUGGGCGGCUCAUGGUGCCACAGCCCCUGGCAGGGACGGCCGGCCCGCCCCCGUGACUGACUGACAGAUGCAGGGAUGGCCGAGGCAGCCCUCGCUCCAGCCGAACACCUCCAUUGCUGCUUGUUCUGGAGACCCCCGCCCCCGGACCUCCCAGACUUAGCAGAAGAACAAACUGAAGAACAGACCCAGCCAGAGAAGCAGGGAUUCCAGAAGCUGCCCAUGAAGGGAGAAGGAGAGGAUCCGGUCGGCAGCAGCCCCGAGCAGGAAGCUGGAGGGGAGAUUGUUGCGGGGUUUUUCUGUUGUGGUUUAUUUUAUUAAAUUUUUUCCUUUUUUCUAUUCAUUUCGAUGGACGCAAUCUUAAGCCACCCUGGCCUUGCUCCUUGGAGGUGAGCGUGCACAGGUGUGUGCAGGUCGGGAGGUGCCGUCCAGGUGUGCGGCGAGCCGCCGCGCACAGAUGUCAGGAUUUCCGUUUGGGUCUAGUUUAGAACCUGUCCUUAAACCUAGGGGUUGCUGUCAGGAUUUGCUUUCAGACUUUUUUUUUUUUUUUUUGUAAUUCCCUUUAGAGUCUACAAAAAUGUUUUUAAAAGGAUCAGGUCUGCUUUUAGUUUCAUUUUUGUUUCUUUCCCGUCCCACUCUUUAAAAACUGGUUCCAUGAGGAAAGUCAGAAGCCGUUCCGUGUCUCUUGCAGGCUGGGCCGGCUUCAUGCCAGUGCGAGGGCGUCCCGUGCCCACGUACAUACGUAUGUCUCCAUGAGGACUGGGUUCCACCGGUCCCAAUUGAGCUCCAGCCCUGGUUUUCCUACCCAUGCAGUUAGGGACUUUAAUUUAAAUUUUUUUUUGUAGGGCCGCCGCCUUCAAACACAACUGCUACAACAUUCUAAUAAAGGCUCAUUUAACCCCCA